UUUUUUUUGGCUUCCUGUCGACUGUUUACUUUUUUUUUUAAACCAUGGAUGCUGAGGGCCCCCAGGCCUUGUGCAACCUCUGUCUGGCUCAGGUGUGCCACAGCCUGGACUUACUGUGCAGCAGGCGAGCAGAUGGAUCCAUGAGCCUCAACCGGGCUCCACACUUACCACAGGAGGUAGCUGAACAGCUGCUCCAUAAAAUGGCGACUACAGGAAUCCUGAAUGACACAACUGUUGGCAUUUUCCGAAACUGCAAAGAGCUCCGUCUGUGUCGAGCCUCCAUCCGCUACUGUCCAGUGUCUGCGGAAGCUUUCCACUUGGCCCUCUGUCCUCAUCGCCUGCAGGACCUAGACGCCUCCUGGGUCCCUGGGUGCAUCACUGGGGCUGAUAUUGUCUCAGGACUGGCCUCAAACGUGGAGUGCCGGGCCAGCCUGCAGAGGUUGACCCUCAGUGGUCUACAUUUGGACUGGGAGAUGCUGGAGGAAAACGAUGGUGUCCGUGUUGGCUUCAGCUCUCUGCGGGGUCUGAAGACGUUAAACUUAGCCAACACAGACUUGACUGAUGCUGCCCUUGAAGAUAUCUGCACUCUCCCUCAGCUGGAGGCUCUGGAUAUCUCCUGCACUGCUGUUUCCCAGCUGGAGGCUCUCCUCCAAUGCAAGAACACCCUGAGGUCUUUAAACGCACACCGGCUGCAGCAGCUGGAUAUGUCACCUGACAGGAUGCUCUUUGUCCUCAGCCAGCUUCAUGCUCUUAGGCAUCUGGACUUAUCACAUGACCACUUUGCUGGGGAUGAGAGAGAUGAGGAUGAGACGGUGCAGCAGCUUCUGGAGGGGAGUCCUCAGGUUCUCCCUCACCUCAUUUCUCUUGAUAUCUCUGGCAGAAAAAGAGUCACUGAAGCAGCAUUGCGAGUGUUUGUGGAGGCCAGGAGUGAGCUGGUCUUUCUGGGUCUACUAGCCACCAGGGUUUGCUCCAGCGAGGCGCUCUCAUCACGGAAAAAUCUCAAAGUGACCGGAGAGGCUAAUGAGAAACAGGUGUGUGAGGCCCUGAGAAGGUACAGAGACAGGGAGUGUUUCACACGAGAGGCCCUCAUCCAUCUCCACAAUCUAACCACAGACAUCGACAAACCACGGCCGGAUAUGCUAAAGCUGGUGCUGAGUGGGAUGCGGAGCCACCCCUCCUCCCUGCACGUCCACCUGGUGGCCACUGCGUGUGUGUUCAACCUGACCACUCGUGACAUGGCGGAGGCCAUGCCCGUCAGCUUGAUCACCGCCACUGUCGCCCAACUUCUGUAUGCUAUGAAGACCUUCCCCAGCCACUGGCAGGUGCAGAAAAACUGUCUGCUGGCUCUCUGCAGCGACUACAUCCUUCAGGAUGUCCCCUUCGACAAGUAUUCAGCAGCCACCCUGGUUAUUAACUGGCUGAGCAACCAUGAGGACUUGACUCUUCAGAGGAUGGCCGUUGCUGUCAUCUCCAUUCUGGUGGCCAAGUUGUCGACGGAGCAGAUUGCACAGCUCAGCAAGGACAUCUUAAUUAUGAAGCAGCUGCUGUCUAUCGUGCAGCAGAGGGCCAUGGUGGGAGUGGUGGACUCCACUCUGAAGUUUGCCCUCACCGCUCUGUGGAACCUGACUGAUGAGAUGCCCUCUGCGGCCCACAACUUCAUUCAGUGCCAGGGCCUGGAGCUGUACGCUGAGGUUCUGGAGACGUACCACGCUGAGCCUUCUAUUCAACAGAAACUUCUUGGCCUCCUGAACAACAUAGCCGAGGUGGAGGAGCUGCAGGCCGACCUGUUGGACGAGGAGCUGCUGGAACACGUCCUCACGCUCCUGCUGGAUUCCCACGUGGAGGUUGGCGUCCGUUACUUUGCCGGAGGGAUUCUGGCACAAGUCGCCUCCAGACCAGAGGCCUGGACCCUGGACAAGGAGCUCCACGAUACCAUCCUGAAGCAGCUGCACACGUCCAUAAUGACAUGGACCCCACUGGAAAGAGAAAUGGUGUCUUACAGGUCGUUCCGUCCAUUCUGCCCUCUGCUCCAGACGCGCCAGGCCCCGGGGGUGCAGCUGUGGGCUGUGUGGGCCAUACAUCUGGUCUGCAGUCAAAACAAAUCACAUUACAGCAGCAUGUUGGAGGAGGAAGGCGUGACUGAACUCCUGAAGGCUUUAGUCGCACAUCCGGACACGCACAGCGACAUUAAGGGACUGUCGGAGAGCGUCCUGCGAAUGGUAGAGCAACACCAGAGUCACUCUGGGGCCUUCAACAACCAGACGGAGCCUUGAAACUCCUGACAAAAGCAGAAGAGAACAUAUAAUAGUGUCAAAUAUGGGAAUUUUUA